GGAGGACAGCCGGGGGUGGCGGAUGCUGCUGGUGUGGUGCCCAUCCUGCUGAAGCUGACCGAAGGGGUGGUCAGGAGGCUGCAGGGCUCCGACUCGUAUGUGCCCGCUCGCGGUCUGGCGCAUGAUGCGCUGCUGGGGGCGCUGCGCCUGCUGCACGCCUGGUCCUUCCACCGCCGACUGAGCGGCAGGCUGCGGCACCAGCCCGUGUCAGCCAUGCAGCCCGCCCAGGCCGAGCAGCUGCUCACGCGCCUGCUGCUAGCCCGCCUGAGCCCCGCCCUGGAGGAGGAGGCGGCGCUGCGGGCGCAGCUCUCCGCCUUCUUCAAAA